AUGAUCGACGUCCACUACUGGCCAACGCCGAACGGCUGGAAGGUCACUAUCAUGCUCGAAGAGUGCGGCAUGGAUUACAAUAUUGUGCCUGUCGACAUAGGCGGCGGCGACCAGUUCAGUGCUAAAUUUCUUCAAAUCAGCCCCAACAAUCGUAUGCCCGCCAUUGUCGACAACGACCCUCUGGGUGGCGGCGAACCUCUGGCCCUAUUUGAGUCUGGCGCCAUCCUCGAAUACCUGGCAGAGAAAAGUGGUCAGUUCCUGCCCACCAACACAGCGGAGAAAUACAAAGUCCUGCAAUGGGUACACUGGCAGAUGGCCAAUCUAGGUCCCAUGAUGGGCAACGCCAACCAUUUCAAGAAUUACGGCAAAAACAUCGCUGACGAUCCAAGCCAGCUUGAGUACGGCACCAAGCGUUUUGUUGGAGAAGUAGACCGCCUGGCUGGCGUUAUGGAUGCACAGCUAUCCGCCAACCAAUACCUUGCUGGAAGCAGCUACAGCAUUGCAGACAUCAUCACCUGGCCCUGGGCAUUUCUGCUGGGUCGCCUGAUAGACGAGAAAGUCUGGGAGACCUUCCCCAACCUGAAACGUUGGGUUGACGAAGUGGCCGAGCGCCCUGCGGUACAGGCCGGCCGUAACGCCGGCAGCGAACUCGGCAAGAAGGAACUCACCGAAGCCCAGGAGAAGGCACGCCGUGAAAUCCUGUUUAACCAGACCAACGACAAAGUUCGAGCAGCACGUGAGGCUGCCGCUAAAGCCGGCGCUUAG